AUGGGGAACGGGAUAAACAAGGUCCUGCCUAAUCUUUACCUGGGAAAUAUUAAAGAUGCUCGAGACAAGGAGCUGCUGACUCAGCACAACAUCAGACACAUCUUGUCCAUCCACGAUACAGCUGCACCCGUCCUGGAGGACAUGAGGUACCUGUGCAUAUCUGCUGCUGAUCACUCCAAGCAAGACCUGACUCAGUACUUCAGAGACAGCAUCACCUUCAUCCACGAGUCUCGCCUGAAGGGAGAAGGCUGCCUGGUUCACUGCGUGGCGGGCGUGUCCCGCAGCGUGACCCUGGUGGUCGCCUACAUCAUGACGGUGACGGGGCGCGGCUGGGUGGAGGCGCUGGCGGCGGUGAGGGCGGCCCGGCCGUGUGCCGGACCCAACCUCGGCUUCCUGAAGCAGCUGGAGGAGUUCGAAAACAUGGAGCUGAAAGACUUCCGAGCGUCGUGGGCGGAGCUAUACGGGAAUCAAACCUUCAACGACGAGGAGGAGCUCGCCGCUCUUCUAACCCGGAAGUCCACGUGCAGCAGCAGCAACGCCAUCACGACCAGCAUCACGCCGGCAGCCGCCACGAGUCGAACCUGA